UGUCGCGAAAUGCAUCCUUGACCUCCAGUUCGAGCUCAAGCUUGCGACUCCUUGGAACCUAGAAGUUGCCAUACAGCCCCAGCUGAUACAAUUUUGCUUCAGUUCUGUACCGCGACUCAAAAUCCUAGCCCUUGCGACAUCGCUGCUUGGGAUUUAGCCAUCGCCUCUGCUAUCACCCUUGCCGUCGCCUUCGCCGUCGCCGUCGCCGCCUCCGUGACCAUCAUACUCGCUCUCGAGACCACCACCUGCUCGGAAUUCGCCGCUGAACCCGCCUCUAUUGCUUGCCAAAGCCUCCCCCUCGCCGUUCGAUAAAAUUUUAUAUUCCCCCUCAGGCUAUAUAAAAUUAGGGCAUGGAAACAAACGAUUUAGAUGCGAAACUCUCAGAGUUAGAUGCUUGUGGGGAACCACAGGCAAAUGGAAAUUCCAAGGCAAGUGUUGGUGCUCUAACUGAUGAUGUACAAAUCACAUGCUUCACGGAGGACUUGCAUGAUGCCACUCUUCAUUUUCAAAUCAUACGUUUCUCCAAACAAAUCUAUGCAUGGAUUGGAUGCAACUCUGCCAAAUUUGGGCAUUUAUAUGCUGCUGCACCCACUCGAUCUAGCAAUUCUGUAAGCAUUACAUCUUUGCUCAAGGGAAAUGCUCAGAACACUGGAUCGAGCAUGGCACACCGGCUCGUAUUAAAGACAGGCCUCAGUGUAGUUCUUGCAUGCAAUAUUCCAAAGGACAGCCCAGUUCUUGAG